UCUGCUGUUCACACUGCCUUACCCGUCCAAAGUCUUACCCUACCUCCAUCUGUUUUACGCUCCUCUUGCUUCAGCAUUCCUUGCUGCCUCGUGUGGCUGUCUGCUACUGCUCUUCCACUCUUCACGUCAUUGCCGUACGCGCGGCCUCAGGGGCCAUUGUACUCACAUGGUGCAUCUCUCCUUCAAAGCAGCUGCCCUGCCCGAUCAAUCUGCCCGGCCGUAGAUAUCACAGCCAGUUGUGACUGCUAUUAGUCCAGUUCAGCACAGCGAACUAUCACCCACUCUAUCGCCCAGCAUGGAUGGCCAUACCAGCGAGCGGUCAUCCUACUCUUUCGAAGAGAACAUGGGUCUCUUGGCGGAAAAGUCCAUGUCGGACACGGACAGCGAAACUGGUGGUUCCGUCGAUGUCGAGACUGACCUAAAAACACCCCGAUGGGGUCUCCCUGCCACUACAGCACCCUUGGCCUACCUCCGCUCUAUUCACUGGCGACUGAUCCUCGUCCGCCUUGCUGUCUCUCUUCUCCCAAUCUUCCUCCAGGGGCGACACGCCCGCGAGCAAUUCCGAACCGCCAAGCUGCACCCGACAGCAUAUCUCGACGGCAUCCGCGGUCUCGCGGCGCUCUUUGUCUACUUCUGCCACUACUCGUACCAGGCCUUCACCGUCGCCGAGGGCUGGGGCUGCGAUGUGACAAACUACAACCUUCUCAAGCUGCCCUUUCUCCGCCUCUGGUAUCAAGGCCCGGCAGCUGUGUGCGUGUUCUUCGUCAUCAGUGGCUAUGCGCUCUCCUAUCGACCCCUGAAGCUCAUUCGAAGCCACGACAUGUCUGGCUUGGCGAGUACAAUGGGCUCGCUGACCUUUCGGCGCUGGUUUCGCCUCUUCAUACCGCCCAUAAUAUCGACAUUCAUGGUUCUUCUGCUGGUACAAGCAGGGGCGUACGAUGCAACGCACGACUUUGCCUCGAGUUCGUACUACAACAAGAACGUCCUUGAGCCUCAUCCCGAGCGGUGGGCCAGUGCGUAUGAGCAGUUUUGGGAUUGGGCAUGGAACAUGUUCCAAUUCAUCCACGUCUGGGAUUGGACGGCCCAUGGUGGGAGCACAGGCUAUGAUGUUCACCUGUGGACGAUUUCGGUCGAGUAUCGCUGCUCCAUGUUCCUAUUCCUGGUCAUCUUUGCCACGAGCCAGUUACGGACCCUCUACCGCUUCGCCACAGUGCUGACCGUAACGUGGUAUACGUACCGGAAUUCGAGAUGGGAAUUGGUGCUCUUUUUGUGCGGUAUGCUUAUUGCCGAAGUUGAUCUGAUCCGAGGGGCGCAUGGCCAAGUACCUCUUCUGCCGCAGGAGGAACGACAGCCAGUCAAAACGUACCCCGAAAUCAAGACUGCCAUCUGGUCUGCCUUAGGGAUACUCAGUCUGUAUCUGCUUUGCCAGCCCGACUCGCGGGGUGAGAUUACCCCAGGAUGGAUAUGGAUGACAGCACAGAUCCCUGAGUGGUGGGGAGCGGACAAGUACCGAUACUGGCAGAGCGCCGGUGCCGUCCUCUUCAUCCUAGCCGUGUCUCAGCUACCUCCGUGGCAGAAGUUAUUCAACACGGCCGUCGUGCAGUACUUUGGCAAGAUCUCCUACGCCAUCUACCUCGUCCACGGGCCGGCCAUGCAUGUGAUCGGCUAUCGCUGGGAGGCGUGGGUGUAUGGUUGGACGGGCACCUAUGGAAAUUGGUACAACGUUGGCUUUGCCUUGGGGGCAUCUUUGUGCGUACCCACGGUCAUUUGGUGCGCGGACAUCUUUUGGCGUCUCGUCGACAUUCCGACAGUUCGCUUUGCAAAGUGGUUGGAAAGCAAGCUGGCGGACAAGUCGGGCUGAAGAUGAUGAUAAUUAAUGAGCGGAAGAGGGGUUUCUCUGGAGUUUGCUUGAGGUUCAGGGGCUAUAUGUUAUUGUCGAACUCUUCGACGGCACUUGCUCCCCAUAUACGAUGAACGGCCUUG